AAGUUGCAUCACAGGACGUGUACUCUGAGCGUGCGGGCUGUUCUCGUUUACACCCCCUACACACAGCCUACCUGCCACUGAGGUAGGUACUUACUAGAGCAGUGUUUGUAAACAUUGAAUUAAUCUUCGUCGGCGGAAUUUUAAAUUUAUUACUGCUUACCUGUGUGAAGAAAACGUGACCGGGUAUGUCCUAUGUAAGGCAUGUAAUACCCAGCUGUUCAUUAUUUACGCUUUUAAGUCGAAAUCUGUGAAGUCGUGGAUUACUGGACGCAUUGACGAAAAGAACUUCGAAUUCAACAACGAUGACGUCCAGAGACCCGGAUGAGCAGUGUGGGGUGCCGUGCUGCAGACCCAGUGUUUUACAGCGCUGUGCAAGGAUCGGGGUUUUCGUUGCCUUUUACUGUCCGGCCUCUUUGUGUACCUCCGCCAUCUCAGUCUACAUGUCCUCGCAGAUCACCACGCUGGAGAAACAGUUCGGCUUCACCAGCGCCCAGAGCGGGUUUCUGAUGAGCUGCAAUGACAUCGGAUUUCUGCUGACCACCAUAUUUGUGGCCAAUCUUGCCCGCACCCUCCACAUCCCGCGCUCCUUGUUCGUGUCCACCUUCUGUUUUGGUCUGUCCGGGGUUUUCUGUUCCCUUGCCUACUUUUUAUCGCCUGUCGCUAACACGGACCAACCGAUUACCUCAAAUAUGUCUUCCCAAAACACAUUUUUUAACUCGGACGAUCAGAUGUGUUCUUUUGCGAACAAAUCGUCUGAAGAAGGCUGUGAUCCAAACCUGGCCAAGAUAGGGGCUCCAACGAAGUUCACCUCCAUCGCCAUUGCGAUAAUUGCCGUUGGGAUGACAAUUCAGGGGUUCGGGAAGGCCCCGAGACAACCCUUCAUAAUUACCUAUAUAGACGACAAUGUGCCCAAACAGAAGACAGCAUGUUUCAUUGGUGUGAUAAUGGCUAUCGGGAUAUUUGGACCUGCUCUGGGCUUUGGACUUGGUGCUUUCUUCAGUCAAACAUAUGUUACUCUGGAAGACGUCCAGAUGACAGUGCGUGACCCCCGCUGGAUCGGGGCCUGGUGGCUUGGCUUCAUCUUCUUUGGAUUGCUGGCCAUGGUUGUCUCUAUCCCCCUUAUGUGUUUCCCAAAACGAAUGCCCGGAAGUAAGAGAAAGGCGCCACCCAAGUCAAAGGGAGAGAAAUCCAUCACGUCCAACGUUAAACAUGGCUUUAAAGAGCUAGUGAAGAAGCUGGUACGAAUCCUGAAGAACGCGAGGUUCACUUUGAACCUGGCCGCCGUCUGUCUCGUCCUAUUCCUGGUCGGGGGAUUCCUCGCCUUCACCCCCAAAUAUCUCGAAACUCAGUUCUUUAUCCCCGCCUGGUACGCCAAUAUCUUACUAGGCGGUAUUGUUGUAGUGUCUACGUGCUUGGGGACUUUCGUAGGCGGAUUCCUGACGUCAUACAAAAAACUCCAUCCCUACACGUGCAUCAAACUGGUUGGGUUCGUCAACCUCUUGUCCAUUCUGUCACAUGGCCUGGGCUUCGUUUUGGGGUGCGACAAUCCUCAAAUUGUCGGACUGGGAAAUACAAUGCUAAAUUCUACUUGCUCGAGCAAUUGCAACUGCGACAGUACGGAAUAUCUCCCCGUCUGUGGUUCGGAUAAUAGGAACUACCUGACACCUUGUCACGCUGGCUGCUUAGACAGCGUCAUGGGACCUGAGGGAUUGAUGUACACGAACUGCACGUGCGUGGUUGGGGGUGGAUCUGCGGUACCGGGACUGUGUGAGACGGACUGUGCCAUGCUGUGGCCCUUCCUGAUGGUGGCCCUGUUCUCCUCGCUGUUCGGCGCGCUGUGUAUCGUACCUGGUAUCAUGUUCAGUGUCAGGUGUGUGUCGGAUGAGGACAAAUCGCUCGCUGUAGGAGUCUCCUCCUUUAUGCAGACGACUUGCGGGUGGAUGGCUGGUCCCGUGGUGUCAGGCAAAAUCAUCGACACGUGCUGCAAACUGUGGAGUUCUGGUUGCUAUGGAAAAGGCGCAUGCGCACUUUAUGAUAUAGAAGACUUUCGGUUCAAAAAAUACCUUGUCGAAAUAUCAGCAAAGUGUGUAGUUGUAUUUUUGUACGGGGCCUGCAUAUGGGUUUCCAGGAAUAGAACUGACUGGAGCAUCGAUGAUGAUAAAGAUAAGGAGGAGAAAGAUGGCUUGCCAGAGAAAGAAAACUUAAUGAACAAAUCUAAUGAAACCAAAUUACAAUUUGAUAUCGGGACCCCUAUAGUAAAAGUCAAGAAACCUCUUGUUUGAUUGUUCCAUAAAUGUCUAUCCUGCUCUUAGGUGUAUUUAUGUAAGAAUUGUAUUUUAAAAACCAGGGUGCAAUAUAUAGAAUGUACCUGUCUGUGCAUAAUCAUUUAUGUUCUACAGGCUGAGCAUAGUAAUUUGAGAGAGAGAGAGAGAGAGAGAGAGAGAGAGAGAGAGAGAGAGAGAGUGAGUGAGAGUGAGAGAGACAUAUA